ACCCAUGGAGUUUUUAGAGGAAUUCAAGAUGUGCGGCGAAUGUCUGGAGUGGCUCCAACAAUUGUUAGAUCAGCAAGUGACACAAAUGAAAAGCGACCUUUUAUGUGCGUGUAUCCUGGCUGUAACAAGCGAUAUUUUAAACUGUCCCAUUUGCAGAUGCACGGUAGAAAACACACUGGAGAAAAGCCGUAUCAGUGUGACUUUAAGGACUGUGAACGAAGAUUCUCUCGUUCAGAUCAACUCAAAAGGCAUCAAAGGCGACAUACAGGUGUGAAACCUUUCCAGUGUAAAACCUGUCAGAGAAAGUUCUCCAGAUCUGAUCAUCUGAAGACUCACACCAGGACUCAUACAGGUGAAAAACCUUUCAGCUGUCGGUGGCCCAGCUGUCAAAAGAAAUUUGCUCGUUCUGAUGAAUUGGUCCGUCAUCAUAAUAUGCACAACAGGAACAUGACUAAACUUCAACUUACCCUUUAG